GUGUGUUGCGCCCAGUUUGCGUCGUUAUCGCAUGGCAGGUUUCCCUGUCCUCACACAGAGGUCACCGUCAGCGGUUGCUACGCUGCGUUGUUAGCGUUGCAGUUGCCGGGGAGGCAGAGGUGGAGGCGGAGUGCAGCCUGUUGGGACGGACGGCGGUAGACAGAGGACGCAGCUGUCACAUGCUGGAUGAGCGGUGCUUCGAAGCUGACCUGAGGGAAUUGAGCAGAGAAACAUACAUCGAAAAAUGGAAAACGCUUUCUAUUAGAAAAAGAGUUAAAUCAGUCGAUAGUGCUGUAAGUUAGAGGCUUUAAAAGUUGGGGUUCGCGCGGACGCACAGUUUGGACUGGGGCACGUUCGGCCGUGUGAGUAACGUUACCAGUUGCCGGGGAAACAGUAGUUAAAAACGGAGAAAGCGACGACGGACCAUUGAUUAAAAAAAGUACGGCCAUUCAUCUCUCAAACCUUCGCAGGAUAAUAAAUCAAACAGUGUGAUUGAAUCCCUGGGAGCCGAAGAGGACACCGUAAGAAGGCGAGGAUCAAAGCAGCAUGGUUACUACAAAGGGAGCAGGUCUGAAUCCCAAUGCCAAAGUGUGGCAGGAGAUCCCUGCCCACCAGAAUGACAUCCCAGAGGGAACAGAGGAUUCUCCCUGGCUGCACACCCCUCCUCCUGCUGAGAUGACCAAUGGUUACACCGAUGUUCCUUCAGCAGGUAGUAAAGGAUACGACCCUGAAUAUCCUGACAGUGCUGCUGACUACACCUCCAUACCCGUGGAGGGCAUUGUGAACGGCAUCAACCAUCCUGAUUUAGGGUUUCUAGUCUUUGACCCACAAAGUGAAUCAGCUGUAGAUGGUGAUGCCACUAAGGAACAACCAAUGUCUGAGGAGAGCCUAAGAGAGUCUUUGAAGAAACAGCUCGAGUUCUGCUUUUCUAGAGAGAACCUCUCUAAAGACCUGUACCUGAUAUCCCAGAUGGACAGCGAUCAGUUUGUUCCCAUCUGGACCAUUGCUUGCAUGGAGGACAUCAAAGCCCUCACCACUGACAUGGACCUCAUUCUGGAUGUACUGAAAGCCUCUCCCAUGGUUCAAGUUGAUGAAACUGGAGAGAAAGUUCGGCCAAACCACAGCCGCUGUAUCAUUAUUCUGAGAGAGGUUCCAGAGACUACACCCGUUGAGGAGGUAGAGGCUCUUUUUAAGAGUGAAAACUGUCCAAAAGUGUUAUGUGCGGAGUUUGCACACAACAGCAGCUGGUACAUAACAUUUCAGUCAGAUAUGGAUGCACUACAGGCUUACAGAUACCUAAGAGAAGAAGUGAAAACAUUCCAGGGAAAACCAAUCAUGGCCCGCAUCAAGGCCAUUAACACAUUCUUUGGUAAGAAUGGCUUUCGUAGUGUGGACUCAAGCGUGUACAGUCAGCAUGCCCAGCCACAGACCCAGUAUGGCUCCCCUGUGUAUAUGCAGCAGAUGUACAGCCCUCAGCAGCAGUACCCCGUUUAUCCUGUGGUGUCUCCCACCUGGAACCCUUCAGUCAUACCUUACUUUGAAACACCACUGGCACCUUUCCCUAAUGGUGGAUACAUGAAUGGUUACAGCAGUCCUGGCAACUACAAAGCAAACUCAAGCUCCAUCAACACCCAUCGACCCAUGAGCAGGAACCGAAACCAUAUGAAGGGUCAUCACAGGCCUGGUGAUGUGCUCCAUCCUUCUUCUUUGGCUCCGGGGGCCCUGAUGGAUGGCCUGUCUGGUCCCUUGAGUCCACAGUCCCCCCAGACAUCAAGCACCAGUUCAGAGCCAGUCUCUCUGUCCUCCUUUAGCCUUAAAGACACCUCUCUACAGGCCACUAUACACAGUGGAGAUCUGAGUGGGAGUGGACGGGGCAGGAGAGUUAGCCACAGAGGCAUGAGGAGGAAAAGAGAAGAUGAACAUACCAUGCGUCCUGUCCCUUUGAUGGAGGCAAAGGUACCACCUCCACCAAAGUUUGACCUGGCAGCUUCCAAUUUUCCACCUUUACCGGGAUCUGUGGUCAGUACGCGUGGAGAAACCGCGCCGGAGAUGCGCCUCUCUGAUGUUGUACGUGGCCUGAAGGUGAUCAACAAGUCUGUGAGCCAAGAAGUGAAUGAGACCCAAAGCAAAUCCGUCUCAGAAAAUCCUGUGAAAACACCAGAUUCUAUGACCCCAGCUGCUAAACCUGCUCCUGUGACACCACAAACAAUGGCACCACCCACCUCAAGUGUAAAGGAAGACAAAGAGGAUAAAGCUGAACAUCCCAUUCCAGAGGGAACAAGCUCCUCAUCCACACAGACUGUUUCUCCAGCAGCAUCAGAACAAGCCCCCUCCACCUGCAGCCAGUCUGUUUCGACAGAAGCACCUCCUCCAUCUUCCCCAACUCCAGCAUCAGAGCUGGGAGCAAGAAAGCUCAGCUAUGCAGAGGUGUGCCAGAAGAUGGCCAAGGACCCACCACCAGCACAGACGCCCUCUCCAUCCCCUCCUGCCUCUUCAGCUAGCCAACCCCUGCAAGAGCUCAAGGUCAACAGGGUUGACGAGCCUUGUCCCAACUCCAGGCGCACAACAGACAAACAAGAGAAAGCUGAGGACAGCCGGCCGCCCCGUCAACCAUUGCGCUCCCACAGAGGAGCGAAUGGCCAAGCCAGAGUUGGAGGUGCAGGGCUGAAGAUUCGAGAGCAUCAAAGAGGCCUGAAUACUGGCAAACAGUUUUAUCCACAGCGGGGUGCUAGACGCAGUGGAAAGGAACAGAACAUUCCCCCAAGGUCACCAAAAUAACUAAAAAAAAGGAACUUUCUAAUCAUGAACUAAAACAAAAUGAAAAUAAAUAUAUGUAAAUAUAUAAUAUAUGUAAAUAGACAGAUGAAUAUAUUUCAUUUGGCAGACUCUGUCAAAGAAUCUCUUAACAUUGUUGCAGACCUGAAAUUAUUUGGAAACACUGUAAGUAGAUAUUCCCUUUAGGAAAAUGCAUAUAGUCUGCUGACAGAACUGCAGACUCACAGGAGAUAAAACUUGCUUUGUUUUAAGUAAUAUCACCUUAAAUGAGCUAAAUCCCAUAUGUGUGUUUGAAAGCAUGAGAGGGAGAAAGGGGAGAUCUUUUUUUUUUUUUUUUUUUAAUAUAUGGUGUUCUAACAUGUAGCAAGCUUUGUCAACAUCCAAAAAGACAACGAGGCACAUCUUCUUUCUUUGAGUGGUUAUCGUUAGCAUGUGAUUCAUCCUCAGUUUUUCAUCAAAUUUGUUUUAGGAUUCAUAUUAAUGUUACACAGUGAAAUUAUAAAAAAAGAUAAAAAAGAUUUUUAAUCCACAGCAGAAACAAUGGGGUGUGUGAUUAUCUGCAGGAGCUUUUAGGUUUUGAUGAGUAGCAGUUUUUGAAGAAAUUCUCAUGAUUGUGGAAUUGUUCUCUACAAAUGCUAGUGAAAUAAUAAGUUACAUGGAGUAAAAAUAUUGUAUUAUGUAAUGACCAGAAUUCAGUACCCUGUUUAACCUGUGCUAUCUCCACCUGGAUCCUUCAGUCACGUCUUACUUUGAAACAAGUCAUUUUUGCAUUAUUUAAUCAGUGAUUUAACUCUUGUGAAAGUCAGAAUGUGUUAUAUAUCAUUUGCUUAUUUUGGUUAUUUGAUGUAAGCAGGAGCAGAGAGACUGUCUCCAUGUUUUACCAAGAUGUCAGUAAUGGUGGUGUUUGUCUCAUGAAGCAAGAUUAAUGGGCUACCCCUGAAUUUUGGAGGGCAUAGCAAUUCAGUCCUGGCUUUUCUCAAACACUUACCUGGGAAUAGAAUUUAUCCAGUUAACUAGUUCAGCAUGGUAAUGGUGUGCAAGUAACCUGUUCCUGAAUAGGUGAACUUCAAAGGAUCACUUGGUAAUCAUGGUAUCAUAGGAUAUGGGUAGUACUGCUUUUUCAGUAAAGUUUUUAGAGGAGGAUAGUAGAUGUUCAAGAAUCACUGGUGACUAACAUCUGCAUGUGAACAUUUUUUUUCCUCAGAAAUUUGACCUCUUAAUUAAAGUAGCUUUUGGAUGAUUUAUGCUGUGGACCGUGUCUCCUCUUGAUUUGGUGACACUGUCUGCAUUGUCUGUUGUGACGACACAUAAUGCUUCAGAUGAAUGUCGUCGGUGUAAAACCACCUUGAUCUUGAUUUUGUAAAUGUCUAUAUGUAUUUGCUUUCUUGAGUAUGUGGUUUAUUUUGACCUGCAUUGUUAAUGUUCUUGUUUUCCUGCUGUAGACUUUGUCUUUAAGUUUCAUUUUAUGUCCAAUUUGAGUGUUUUUCUUUUGGUAUAUUCAGUAUUUCUGUAAUAUUUGUACAUUUUCCUGUAGACUGAUCUGAGAAAAGAUACUUGGUUAUAGACAACUGAGUUGAACACUGAUCUGUACAGUCAGGGCUCAUGAACAUACUUAUACCUGUAGUGGUGUUAAGUGAAAUGCACUGUCCUUUGAGUUCAAGGCUUUUAAUCUUUACAGUAAGAAAUGGAAAGGUGUUGCACAGAAAUGCUGAACUUGUGCUUCAGUGUGUAUUCUUUCAUCUGAAUAGUCAGUGGUGUUGCAAACUGAAAUGAACAAAACACGAGUGAAGGUUAAGAAUUACACAUUUUCAGGUGUAGGGGAAUUUUUAAAAAUGCCUUAGAUAAGUGCUUUGAGUCCUUUGCUUCUAGGGAAUUUACUGUGGUGUACAGUAUUUUGUUUUUGUAAAUCAGGAGUUUGGUUGUCUCCUGUGUGUGUGUGUCUGCAUAUAUAUGUGUAUAUGUAUUUGUUUGUAUCUGAUAGUGUAAACUUAGGUGCAAGGAAGAGAGAGAGAGAGAUUGCUUCUGCUUCAGAUUACAUGGAACUACUAUCUCAAACCAAACCUCCAGUGCCUUAACAGUGUUUCAUUUCAAUAGAAAGAAGUGUGAGAAUUUUGAGCACAUCAGUUACACCGAUUAAGGCUGGUUACUUGGUUGUCAAAAUCCAACAUGAUCAGUUUAUGACACAUGGAGACACUAGAUCCUGUUCAAUGUAAAUCUGUGUUUAUUGUAGCUGCAGCUGGUUAGAGUGGAGCUCAAUGUGUAUGUGCAUGCUUUUAUGUCCAAUGUUAGGUGUGUAUGACACUGGUGUUUAUUUGUUAGCUUGUCAAUGCAAUGUCAGUAUCAGAAUCCUGCUUAUAAUUGUCAUAAUCAAACACGGGAUUGCAAAUUUCAGCCAAGUACACACUGGUUUUAUCAAGUAAAUAUUUUAUUACUGAGCCUAAUGUAUGAAAAUAAAGAUUUAUUUUUAAACAA